ACCCCUCCAAAUCAUGUAAACUAUAUUAAUGGCCUCCAAAAUGAGAAGGUACUUCUCCAGAGUGACGGAGUAGCCAUCAGAAUGCCCCCUCCUCCCAAGUUCUCCUUAUUCUACGGCCACCGCAACCCCUCCCGGAACCGCCCCACCGUCCGCGGCAGCCGCCUCUCCCCCCAAAACCCAACCCCACCCCAACUCAAUCAGCCCUUCGAUCUCUCCAAGUGGGACCCCCACCAAUCUCCGCCGUCCACCUCCUCCACCCCAACCCCGCCGUCUCCCUCCUUCCUCUCCCCCAUCGCCCGCUUCAUCCUCGACGCCUUCCGCAAGAACCGCAACCGCUGGGGCCCGCCGGUCGUCUCGGAGCUCCAGAAGCUCCGCCGCGUCACGCCCGACCUGGUCGCCGAGGUCCUCAAGGUCCAAAACGACCCCGUUUCGGCCUCCAAGCUCUUCCACUGGGCAGGUAAGCAAAAGGGCUUCAAGCACACCUUCGCUUCCUACAAUGCCUUGACCUAUUGCCUGAACCGGGCCCACCGGUUCAGGUCGGCCGACCAAGUCCCCGACUUGAUGGAGUCUCAGGGGAAACCUCCCACCGAGAAACAGUUUGAGAUUCUGAUCAGAAUGCACUCUGAUGCCAAUAGAGGUCUCAGGGUUUAUCAUGUCUAUGAGAAGAUGAAGAAGUUUGGGGUUAAACCCAGGGUUUAUUUGUACAAUAGGGUAAUGGAUGCAUUGGUCAAAACGGGUCAUUUGGAUUUGGCAUUGUCGGUUUACGGAGAUUUUCGGGGUGAUGGGUUGGUGGAGGAGAGUGUGACUUUUAUGAUUCUGAUAAAGGGGAUGUGUAAAUGUGGGAGAGUUGAUGAAAUGUUGGGACUUUUGGAUAGAAUGAGGGUGAGUUUGUGUAAGCCGGACGUGUUUGCUUACACCGCAAUGAUAAAGGUGAUGGUUUCGGAGGGUGAUUUGGAUGGUUGUUUGAAGGUUUGGGAGGAAAUGAGGAGGGAUAGAGUUGAGGCGGAUGCUAUGGCGUAUGUGACUCUGGUUACCGGGUUGUGUAAAGGAGGGAGGGUGGAGAAGGGGUAUGAGUUGUUUAGGGAGAUGAAGGAGAAGGGUUUUUUGAUUGAUAGAGCGAUUUAUGGGGUGCUGGUUGAGGGGUUUGUGGAAGACAGGAUGGUUGGGGCAGCGUGUGAUUUGUUGAAGGAUUUGGUGGGAUCAGGGUAUAGAGCAGAUUUGGGGAUAUAUAAUUCUCUGAUCAAGGGUUUAUGUGAUGUUAAACGGGUUGAUAAGGCUUAUAAGCUUUUCCGAGUUGCAGUUCAAGAGGGUCUUGGGCCGGAUUUUGCGACGGUGAAUCCCAUUCUGGUGUCUUAUGCUGAGAUGAGAAAAAUGGAUAACUUUUGCGAGUUGCUUGCACAGAUGGAGAAAUGCGGUUGUCCUGUUAUUGAUGAUCUUUUGAAAUUCUUUUCCAUUGUUGCUGAAAAGGAGGAUGGAGUCAUGAUGGCUUUGGAAGUGUUUGAAGACUUGAAAGUUAAAAAUUAUUCUAGUGUUGCGAUCUAUAAUAUCCUUAUUGCCAGCCUCCACAAAUUUGGGAAAGUGAAGAAGGCAUUAUCCCUCUUUGAUGAGAUGAAGAGUUUUGAUUUCCAGCCGGACUCGUCCACUUAUAGCUCUGCGAUUAUGUGUUAUAUUGAAGAAGGGGAUCUCCAUGAAGCUUGUGCCUGUCAUAAUAAGAUAAUUGAAAUGUCUUGUGUUCCUUCUAUUGCUGCCUAUCGCUCUCUUGCUAAAGGGCUUUUCAAUGUUGGAGAGAUUGAUGCAGUUAUGCUGCUAGUCCGGGACUGCUUAGCCAGUGUGACAAGUGGGCCCAUGACAUUCAAGUAUUCUCUUACCAUUCUCCAUGCGUGUAGAUCCAAUAAUGCUGAGAAGGUGAUUGAUGUACUGAAUGAGAUGAUGCAGCAGGGUUGUCCACCAGAUCAUGUUAUAUACUCUGCUAUAAUCUCUGGCAUGUGUAAGCAUGGCACAAUAGAGGAGGCAAGGAAGGUAUUUUCAAAUUUGAAAGAGCGCAAACUUAUAACAGAAGCCAACAUGAUUGUGUAUGAUGAUAUAUUAAUUGAACACAUGAAGAAGAAGACAGCAGAUCUGGUAGUGUCAGGGUUGAAGUUUUUUGGUUUAGAAUCCAAGCUGAAAGCAAAGGGUUGUAAACUGCUGUCAGGUUGAAAUUAUGAAGCCAGCAUCAAAGUGAAGAGAAACUACAACAUGCACCCCAGUGAUAUUCGUUACAUAGAGUUGGCACAUUUUGUCUAAAGCCCCAUAUCCAAUCGACCAUUCUCCUUUUCUGAAAUUCAUAUAUGUCUGCCACACGCAAAUGUUGGACAACAAAUACAAGUACAAGGUGGUGAGAACAAUGGACCUGCUUUCAUAAUCUUGUGCUUGAGAUCCGUUUCCCAUAUUGAUUGGAACAAAUGAAUGAGGCUGUCCAUUUCCAGAAAUUAAAUGUCAAAAUACCUCACAUCCUUAACACACCUACCCUCCAUUUACUGAACUGUCCCCUAGCUCGCCGCUAGGCCCUGUGUCAUUGAAGAUUGGCUUGCUAUCUCUUUAAGUGUACAAAUGAUCCAGUUAUUUGCUGAGCAACUAAAGCAUAUUGUGCUUCUUCAAGAACUCUUAUGUUUUGUGCCAAACAGUUUGAUGUUCUCAAUGAUGAUUCUUGUUGGCAUAGAGAUUCAAUUAUGAAGGAAUCAAGUUCAUGGCGCAAUGUGACGGAGUUUUAAGGAACAAAGUAUGGGUGUGUAGCCUUUAAAGGGAUGUGUAGUUUACUAGUUUUCCAACUUAACGUUCUUUUGUCAUACUGGUGUUUGCUCUUUGCCAACUCCUGCAUUGGUUGAAUUUGUGAUCAUUCCACAAUCAUUCUCUCUUAUGUUCUGUAAAUCGUUUUAUCAGUGAGAACUUUUGGCCACAAUUCGGCUCUAGCUAUUCUGAAAGACAGCUUGAAUUACUUGUAUUUCACACUGACCAAGCAUAUUCAAUAAAUGACAGUCCAUUACCCAAAA